AUGCCCUGGUCGCAGAACGACAUGGAGACAGUGUGGCCUGCAAAGUUGGGCUCCGUUGUGGAAGAUUACGAGGCCAACGUCAGGUCCCAGGUUAGGAAGGUCCCUUCCCUUGAGGCCAGCGACGGGCUAGGCCAGCACGACAAGGAUCCGGACGGCAAGGAUGGCUGUUGCUACUGCCCACGCAUCUACGGAGAGCGCGACUACAAGACCUUUGGAUACCUGCACAACAUCAAGAAGGAGCGUGCAAAGUGCACGGAGAAAGAAAUCGACAUGAUCUACGAGAAGGCCAAAGCCAUGAAUGCUGCGGUGGCCUUUGCAGAUGACAGCCCAAAGGUGAAACAGCAACGGGAGGAGGAGGCCGAGCAGAGUUAUCGAGAUUGCGGGAAGACUGCGGCGUGGGGGUGCCGCUGGUAUGUUGUCUGGCUAGAGCGCGUCGAAGAAGCCGCGCAACGAAAGCAGCGGUUAAAAGUCGUAUUCUUUCCGAACGAGGUGGACAAGGGCUACCUGCCGAUGAAGGAUCUGCCGACCUCAAACCUCUGGGAUGGAGUGGGCUGUGGUGGUUCACAAAAAUGUGAGAUAGCCACGAUCAAGGCCAUGGGCUGGGAGUACGAUGGCGUUGAUGUGAGUCUGUUCUUGAGGGAGCAGUUUAAGGAGAAUGAUGUGGUCGAGUUUCUCGACGGUGGUUACUGGCGCAAGGGCCCCAUCCUUGAG